UUUCUCCUUUUCCAUUCAUUUUCUUACGGUUUCAACAGACGCAUUAUCAUUUGCCCGAUCUGGUCAUUCAAUUUCCACUGCUUCAGUUGAACUCUCAGUUCCUGAUUAAGAACGUUUUGUGGUCUUAAGUUUUUCUGUACAGGUGAAUGGCGAAUCGACUGAAGGAGGAUGAGAAGAAUGAGAGAAUUAUAAGGAAUCUUCUCAAGCUUCCCGAGAAUCGCAGGUGCAUCAACUGCGACAGCUUGGGGCCUCAAUAUGUGUGCACUAACUUCUCCACAUUUGUCUGCACAAACUGCAGUGGAAUACAUCGAGAGUUCACGCACAGAGUUAAGUCGGUAUCUAUGGCUAAGUUUACACCACAAGAAGUCAGUGCCCUUCAAGAAGGGGGAAAUGCGCGUGCUAGAGAAAUUUAUCUGAAGGAAUGGGAUUCCCAGCGUAAUUCUCUCCCCAAUUGCAGUAGUAUAGAAAGACUGCGUGAUUUCAUCAGGCAUGUAUAUGUGGAUAGGAGAUAUACUGGUGAGAGGAACUUGGAAAAACCUUUGAGGGCAAAGAUGGGGGAAACCGACGAUUUUUAUGAAAAUAGGAGGAUAGACACCCAUCAGGGUGGUUCACCAAGUCCACCAUACGAUGAUACUUCCGAUCGUCGUUAUGGAGCUAGUGUUGGUGGGAAAAGUCCAGCAAAUGACAAAGAUAAUUGGAGAAAUAGCAGUCACAAAAGAAGUCCUGCCCGUACUGAAGUUAUUAAUGACUGGCGACGAGAGGAUAGAUUUGGAAAUGGAAGGAGGUCUGAAGACAGAAGUUCUGAUGGAAGCUCUAAGCUUGAAGUUAGAUCACCUGAUAGUGAAAGAGGUUUGGACAUGUCCAGCCCUCCUAUAGUCCGCCCUGUGAGAGAUAUAUUAGGAGAUAAUGUAUCUCCUCUACGAGUUAUUGAGCCACCAAAAUCCUCUGGUGGAAGGUCAACUGAUGGUUCGAGGCACUCACUGAGGACUGCUGCAUCCUCCAGUAGCUUGACAUCCUCAGAUGCUAAUCCAUCUGAGAUCAAACAAGAGGCUUCAUUUAUUGAUUUUGAUGCCGUUUCUGACCUUCCUACUGUCCCGCAAACUGAAGAAGCUGUGGCUGCAGAUGCUUUGUCUGUGCAAUUGAACAAAUCUAGUGGCAAUGACUGGGCAAAUUUUGAUUCAGUGCAGGAGGCUGGAAAAACAGUUCCCUCAAGUUCUAUGGAAUCUGUACUUUCAGAGUUGUUAACGGAAGCUCCCAAAUCAGGCCUCUCAGCCCCUGUGGGCACCUUGCCUCCCAUCCAGUCUAGUUCUUCACAAGGCUCUUCAACUCCCUUGGCAGCCUUUGGAAGUGCUAUUCCACAGUCAGCAUUUCCCUCUGUUGCUAUUCCACAAUCAUCUAACCUCGAACGGAACUUGCUUACAGAUGCUUCUACUGGAGGACAGUGGCCCACCAUGAUUCCUCAACAACAUUCUGUGUUCCCUAGAGGUGUCACCCAACUCAGUUCUCAAAUAGUUACUCCUGUUAUUGGUGGACCUUCAAGCAAUAAGCCUUGGAAUCUGCAAGUGUCAAAUUCGCAUACGCCACCUGGCACAUCUAUUGGGCAGGUGGAUCAAACUGCAGCAUUCAAUAACAAUGAAACCUCUUCUGGGUUGACAACAAAGUCUUCAUUGGAUGAAAAAUCUGGUGGAAGAAAAGCACUGCCAGAGGAUUUAUUUGCAGUGAAUUACUCUUAUGGUCCAUCUCUGGCCGCAGGCUGGUAUUCUGGAUCCCCUUAUGUUGCUCCGGUUCCUAUGCAGUACAACAACACACAUGUGGCUAUUCCAAGUUUCCAAUCAGUGUCAAGAUCUAUAAAUCCUUUUGAUGUUGGCAAUGAUCCAUCUCCUGCUCAAGCAUCAAUUUUUCCUUCAGUGGCAUCACUGCAAGGUGCUUUACCCCAAAUUGAUAAUCCAGCUGGCCCUCCGCGUACUUCAAGACUUGAAACCUCUCAACUUCAUAUUCCUUCGAUGCAUGCUCAAACACCAUCAGCAUAUGGAUCAGCACCUCCAAGUUCAUUCUUUGGAGAAGGAAUAGCCGGCAACAUGGCACCAAGCCUUGAAGAGUCGGCGUUUUCAUCUCUGAACCCACAAAAUCCCCAACUGGGUGGACUACUGGGGCCCCAUUCUGCUUCUAGAAGCUUCACUUCCACUAGUGGAAACCCAUUUGGCUAGAGAUGAAGAAAGCAGGAGCCUUUACCAUCUUUUGCUUCCUUUCAACUUAUUGUGGUGGAAAGUGGUGUACUGGUGUUGUACUAAAACAUGAAAUCUGUUGCAGUUGGAUAACAACGGUGCUGUUUUAUUUUUAUUUUUCUUUCUCCUGGUGAUAUUCAAAACAAAAUUGCUGAUGUAUCCAAAAAUUUUGGUCCGUCUCUCAUUGACCGAGAGCAUAUAUAUCUAAGUAGUGUGUGUGUCAUAAGCUUGGAUAAUGAAGAGUAUUUUAUUGGCGGUGGAGAUAUGCCUCUUCAUCCUUGAAGCUAUGUAACAUAUUGCAACUUUCCAGUUUGUUAUGCUGUAAGCUUACUAUGAGGAAAAAAACAUUCAUUUGUUUGAAUUAUUAUUGAUCUGCAAGCAAGAGCCAACUGUGCUUCACGGUUCCAAUUGUGGAGCCAAUGAUGCUAUUUUACUGGACAAAAAAAUUG